AUGCCCAAAACCCGCUUCGUCUGCGUUUCCGAUACACACGCCUACACUCCCUCCGAGGCCGGGUUUAAACUGCCUCCUGGUGAUGUCCUGAUACAUGCGGGCGAUCUCACCACCCGAGGCAGCCUAUCCGAGCUGCGGAAGACCCUACAAUGGAUUUCUGCCGCUGACUACGAAGUCAAGAUAGUCAUCUGCGGUCUGUUCGCAUCAGCCUCCUUACCGAGUGCCUCAGCCUUUGCUACCCCAUUUGUACACCUGCAGCGAUGCGCUGGAAACCAUGACAUCACACUCGACCCAAGCUCCCUUCCGAAACAAGGCGACGAGGCUCUAGAAGAGUCCCAGAAAUGCAUCGAAACGAUCACCGCUACACCCUCCAUUCUCUUUCUCAGGCACGAGUCAGCGCUAGUCCGCUUGACCCGUCCCACCGGCCCCAACACCGUCUUCACGGUCUUUGGGUCCCCUUACUCGCCGUCCCAUUCCCACGGGACAACAUCCACCUGGACUGCGUUCGGAUACGAGUCCGACGCUGCAGCAGCACUCUGGCAGCACAUCCCAUUGGACGCCGACGUGGUCGUCACGCACACCCCGCCUCAUUCGCUCUGCGACCGCCGCACGGCAGCCGUUGGGCCCGAGGGCUGCGACGCCCUGCGCCGUGCACUGGGGAAGGCUCGCCCGCUGCUGGCGGUUUGCGGCCAUGUUCACGAGUCGCGAGGCUGUGAGCGUGUGCGAUGGGCGUCUUCGCCAUCAUCCUCAUCCUCGUCUCAAUCACCGCAGGAUGCGAGUGAGAUUGAGUGCGUUGAACGGGUGGCUUUGCCGCCUCGCGGCAGUAAGAAACAGAGUCUCGUUGAUUUGACGGGCAAACGGGCGCGCCGGCUUGAAAACGAGGGCUUUGCGGCUGAGCAGAUGCGAAUGCGAGAGGGUUCGUUUCCGGGCACGGCGGACGAGACGAAUGCUGUGGUGUGGUAUCCUCGAGGUGAACAGGCAGAACAGUGUCUCACAGAGGACAAUGACGAAUUUGGCGCCCGUCGACGGGAAUCCUGCAUUGUGAACGCUGCCAUUCUUGCGACGAGCUGGCCUCAUCGCCAGGGCAAGCAGUUCAACGCCCCGAUCGUCGUCGAUCUGGAUUUGCCUACCUGGAGAAGCAGUGUGACCGACCGGUGA